GCUGCUGCCGCCACCCUGCCCGACGGGAGCGUCCCCGCCGGGCCUGGGCCGGCCUGGGAGCGGCCCGAGGGUGACCUGCCCCCGGGGCAGGGGUGCUGGCUCCGUGCCCGGGCUGCUCGGAGCUCCAGCCCUUCCUCGGGUUCGUUUCCCGCUCUUUUGUUUCCUGUCCCCGGGCCACGGGGAGACGCAGGGUUUUUUUUGUCCAGGGCAGGGGAAAAACGUCGUCGGUGUUUUCGUCCCCUCGCAGGGCUCGGGGGGCGCCUGGUGCGGGCUGCAGGCGUUCGCACCCCUGGAAACCCGCGGGCCGCAUCGAGCAGGCGCUGCAGACCAGAAGAGAGAUUGGGUUUUGUCAGUGUCAGAAGGAACGAGGCGGUGUCGUGUUCAGUCGGUCGCGUCGUGUCGGUGCUGUUCCACCUAGAGAGCACGGCCAGCCUGGGCUUUCUCGGGUGAGGAGCAUUUCCAGUCUGGUCUUGAAGGAACUUGGCCAAGAAGACUGGUGGAGUUUAAAUUGGGAUGGCAAUUCCUCAACUUACCCAGCAGCGUACAAGCAGCCCAGAAAGGUGUGGUUGUUACUGUUCUCUUCGUGUCCUGACUUACCUAACUUCAUGUAUCUACAUAAUGUGGGAAUCCUGUGGCUAAGCUUAAUUUUCCAGAUGAUUAAUCCAAUUGAGUAACUCCAGCUCAUAGUAUGUCCCCAUCAUGCUCUUUUUCAACUAUAUUAGCUUAUUACCUCACUGCGGGGCCCUUUGUUGUACAUGAACAUGCAGCUAUUGAAAGUUUAAAGGAACCCUUCCUGGGAAAAUAAGGAAGAAUUUCCUCCUCACUUCUCUGAAGAGAAACACAAGAUAAAAUUGAAAAGGCUUGGGCCAAAUCAAACAACCAAAGACAAUGUGUACUUUUCAAAAUACAGGGCAUAUUUCUGUGAAAUAACAGAUUUUUAGAGGUAUACAAUUCAAUUUCUUUGAUCCGUUGGGUUUUUUAUUUUUUACCUCUAUAUACCUGGGUGUGUCCCUUCACUCUGGCCCACAAAAAUUACUAAGUAGAUGUGAACAGUGGGAAUCCAACAAAUGGUGAUGUUUUAGAAAUCCUUAUCAUCCUUCCUACAAGAGUCUUCAUUUACUGCAUUAAUUAUUCUGAAUUAGAGAGCUGCUAUGGACUGUGUAAUUGUAUCAUUUUUUUUUAAUUGCACUAUAGCAGAGAGCAAAUAGAAAUCCCUUCUUGGAGACUGAAGGUUGUUGUUAGGCUUUAUUUUUUGAAACAGCUGUACUUAUUCCAGCGACCUUAUCAAGAACUGUAACUGAAUUGAAAUGUUUUGGGUUUUGCAGUAGUUCUGUUAGAUUAAUUAUGUUUUCAAGAAAUCUUGCAUAUGGCUUGGACAGGUGCAUCCUUUGCUGGGUUAAAAACUGGUUGGAUGAUCCAGAGAGUGGUGGUGAACGGAGCUAUAUCCAAUUGGCAUCCAGUGACCAGAGAUCAGUACUGGGUCCAGUCCUAUUCGAUAUCUUUAUUGAUGACCUGGAUGAAGGCAUAGAGUCUACUCUUAGUAAAUUUGCAGAUGACACCAAGUUGAGGGAGAGUGUUGAUCUGCUGGAGGGUAGGAAGAUGCUGCAGAGGGACCUGGACAGGCUGGGUUGAUGGGCUGAGGCCAAAGGUAUGAGGUUCAACAGGACCAAGUGCAGAGUCCUGCACUUUGGCCACAAUAACCCAGGCAGCUCUACAGGCUGGGGGAAGAGUGGCUGGAGAGCAGCCCAGCAGAGAGGGACCUGGGAGUACUGGUUGACAGCUGGUUAAACAUGAGCCAACAGUGUGCCCAGGUGGCCAAUGGCAUCCUGGCUUGUAUCAGGAAUAGUGUGGCCAGGAGGAGUAGAGAUUGGCCCCUCACUUCAAGACACUGAGGUGCUGGAGCAGGGCCAGAGGAGAGCAGCAAAGCUGGUGAAAGGACUGGAGGGAAAGUCUUAUGAGGAGAGGCUGAGGGAGCUUGGGUGGUUUAGCCUGGAGAAGAGGAGACUCAGGGGGGACCUUAUCACCCUCUUCAACUACCUGAACAGAGGUUGUGGUCAGGUGGGGGCUGGGCUCUUCUCCUGGGCAACUAUUGACAAGACAAGAGGGCAUGACCUGAAGCUACACCAGGGGAGGUUUAGGUUGGAUAUUAGGAAGCACUUCCUCACAGAAAGGGUGAUUAGACAUUGGAAUGGACUUCCCAAGGAAGUGGUGGAGUCACCAUCCUUGGAGGUGUUUAAGGAAAGACUGGAUGUGGCACUUAGUGCCAUGGUCUAGACAGUGUGAUGGUGGUAGGUCAGAGGUUGGACUUAGUGACCUCAGGGAUAUUUUUCAGCUUCAAUAAUUCAGUGUGAUUCUGUGAUCACCAGGCAGAGUUCAAAGAAGUUACAAACAUGUAAAAUGCAGUAUGUGGAAAAAAUGCUGUUCUCCUUUAAAGCUUCUUGUUGAAGUCGGCGUUUUGGACACAAGCAGCUUGGUGCUUUCAGAGGUACCUUCAGGGUACAGCAGAAUGUGGUGUGUUAGGGCUGUUAACCUCUAACCAGCUUCCCUUUUGCUUGCUCCUUUGGUAAGUGGUAACGAGUUCAUGAUGAUCCACAGUGAUCUCUUUCUCCUAGUGGGCUGUGAACCCAGCCUAUGAACCAGGGUGCCUGGUGUUCGUUAACAGAGGCAUAAAGUUAAAUCUAUUAAUAAUGUUAUCAGUACUUUUCCUAUUUGAUUAUUGGUUAUUUCAAGCUAGCAUUAACAAACUGUUAGAAUAAAAUACAUCUUGUUUGAUGCAAUAACUGGAUUAUUUGCUGCAACAUUUGUCAUCCUCCUUUCAGUUGCUGGGGGUGGGAAUUCCUCAAGAAUCUUCUCGUGUCAUUAAGUGUUAAUGAAGCAUAAAGAGUAAGGAGAAAAUAGCUUUCUGUAUCUACUGGGGAUAAGAAGCUGCUUCCUUACCCCCAAAAUGAAAGGAAAAUACUUGGAAGUCUUCCAUCACCUGAACUUUUUUGAGGGAGGGGGGAAACCUUACAUGCUCUUUUAUAUUCCUGAAACAUUGUGUUCGACUCUCAGCAUCAUGAAACUGUAAAACAUGAAAACAAACUAUAUUCAGCACCACUUCAGAGAACUAAAGGUCAAUGGUCUUUCCAAAUGGUAACAAAAAAUACAAAACAAUGCUAACCGAAGGAAAAAAAAAAAGUGAGAAUUGGUUAAUUUGUGUCAUUUUUCAUUGGAAACACAUUUCAGUGAACCAUUUCUGGGCUGAUUUAAUCUAGAACCAGCUAAAUGAAAGAGCUGAUGUCGGAAUGGACCUCUCCAUUUGGCUUAGUAUCAGAUUUUAGAGCUCACAUGGGAGCAUGUAUCAAGAAUUUAUCACAGAUGGGGAUCUUAGAAAGGGGAAGAAGGAAAUUAGCACAUGCUCUGCUCAUUGAUUUCUUGAAGUGCUACUGAUCAGUGAGCAUUGCAGCCGUGGGGUCAGUUCUGUGCAGAAAUGAAGAAGGAUAUCCUGCUGGAAAACAUUAAGAAAAGCAAGCCAGGGGACAGAUGGAAGCUUUUGUGAAUUAGUGGACUGAAUUUGGUAUUAACUUCUGGAUCUGCACUUCUUCCCACAGCCUGCAAGUGUGCUGUGAGAGCUGUUAGGGGUGUGUCUCCACAUUGCUGGUGAGCACUGGUAGGAAAUAGCUGGCAGACAUGGGAUUGGCUGUGUUUAAAGAUAUCUGUUGGCCAGGAUUUGUAAGGUAGAGACUGUGAUAAUUAUUGAAUGUUUAUAGGAGUCUGGAUGUGUUUUGGUUUUUUUUCUGAUAGGAUUUUGACUAUGCUAUUUUGUAUACCACCCCUCUUCAAUUUCCAGCUUUUGGGGAUGUUUCAACACAUGCUUUGUUGGUCGUUUUCUUCUGGCUACUUACUUACCCUGAGUAUUUUUACUGUAGUGAUAUUGUUGUUUUCUUUUCUUUUCUCUGAGUAAACACCUUUGUGAGUUGUGAGGAGGUUCUGCACCAGCUAGGUGAGAAAGCUGAAAUCCCAAGCAGUCCUGUUAACUGGGGUGGAGUUCAUCCAGCACACAGGAUCAACCCCCCAGAUGGAGAAAAAGAAAAUUCUAAUGAAGUCCAAGGUUGCUGCUCCUAACCUCCUGAGGGCACUGCAUUCUCUGUACCAGUUUGGUCACCUCUGUGAUGUGACAGUACACACACAACAUCUUGGAAUUCGGGAGGAGUUUCUGGUUCACAAAGCUGUCUUGGCAGCUUCCAGCAACUAUUUUAAGGGGCUUUUCCUGCACGACGAGAUGUUGGACACCAAGAAUUGCACAGUGACUCUGCAAGACAUUUACAAGGAAGAGUUCACCUCAUUUCUAGAGUUUGUUUACACAGCAGAAGUAGAGAUUGAAGCAGAAAAACUGCAACGGAUGAAAGAAAUAGCUGAAAGACUCGAAUGCAAGGAUUUGCUGGACAUUUGUGAAGAAGUGAAAGCUGAGGGCAGGAAGGGGUUGGAUUUGAGCCUCCAUCUGAAAGGUCAGCUGUGUGAAAACAGCGGGCCACAGUGGACACGCAUCCAGCAAGAGGAGAACCGCAAACUGAGUGACUCUUCCCAAGCUGUGGCAGUACCUGUGCAGAGGAAACUUUGGGAGAGGCAAAAACAUAAAAAGUUGCUUGCUAGCUACAAAUUCACCGAAGGCAAAUCAGCAAGCCUGGAGCAGGAGGACACUGCUUUUCCACAACCAAAACCCAGCACAGCAAAGCUACUGCAAUGUGACAAGACAGAUCCUGGAAGCAGGCUUGCCGUGGAAAACGAUAACAGUCCUCCUCUCCUAAGUCAGACUGAGUCAAAUGAAGCCUGUGUGGUAAUUGCGAACACACUGCCUGAGCAGUGGGAAGAUGAAAACCGUUUAAUUUCCAACUUUGCCCAUAAAACAGCACAUAGGAAAUCCCAGCGGCAUGUGGCCAAAGUCUUGCCACAGAUUGCGUGCGAGAAGUGCAACGAGUCAUUCUGUGUCCUCAAGCAGUACCGGGCGCACAUGGAGCUGAAGCACGACAGGAGCCUGACUGUCGAGCACAGCUGCAAGGCCUGCGAGCAGCUCUUCUCCACCCACCAGCACCUCCGGCAGCAUCGCCUCACUGCUCAUCCUGACCAGCGGGGAUUCUCCUGCAUGUUCUGUGACAAGAGGUUUAAGUGCCAGAAGGACAUAAGCAACCAUAUCCGCAGGGUGCACAAGAAGAAGCAGGGUCCCCAGGCCUGUCCCUACUGCAAUAAGUUCAUCAGUUCCAAGUGCGGCCUGAAGGUCCAUGUACAAACCCACACUGGAGAGAAGCCUUACAAAUGCCAGUGCUGCUCUGCCAGCUUUGCUCAGAGGUCUGCGUACAAUACUCAUGUCAGGUACAGCAUUCUCAGAAAAAUCCAUGAGUCUGGGCAAGAGAGGAAACUCCUGCCUGUCUACUGGAUGGUGGUUCCACCGGCACAUAGGCCAAACGCAGCAGGCUGUGACAAAGACCCUGACAGAGGGACGUGGGAUGGGACGCCGGAGGCUGAAGGACGGAAGCGUGCGAGGCACGAGGAGACUGGGAAUUGUGAGGAAGGAUCCAGGAGUUUAGCUUCUCCCCAAACAGACUGUAGCAACAGGCAAGAAGAACGGAAGCAGAAUUAUGAGGAAGGUAAAGCAAGAAGUGAAAAAACGGGUGAAGAAGGGAAUGAAGAUGAAGGUGAAAUGAGCAUGAAGGGUGAGGAGGAGGUAGAUGAUGAAAUGGGUUAUUCCGAAGUUGAAGACAGUAGGGAUAAGGUGGAGGUCUGUACUGAGGAGGUUGAUGAGUACUCUAAUGAGAAGGAUGGUGAAGAACAUGAAUCAGAUGAAGAGUUUAAAAUUAAGAAGGUAAAUAAAAGUGGGGUGAAUAAGAAAUCUGCCUAUUUAAUAAGAUGCGAUAAGUGUAACGAGCAGUUUGUUUCCCGGAAAAAGUAUGUGGAUCACUGCAGGGAUGUCCACCAGUGCUUGCCUGGCAAGGUCUAUCAGUGUGACAUCUGCAGCAAGUCGUUUGCUAGCUACAACAGCUGGAAGGAGCACCGAGCCUGUGUCCACACUGAAGAGAGGCAGUUUGCGUGCACUCUCUGCAACGCCACUUUUAAAAGAAAGAGGGAUGUGAGGACACAUUACGUGCGGAAGCACGAAGGCAGAGUCAAACGGCCUCUCUGCUCUGUCUGCGGGAAGAUCCUUAGCUCCCGGACAGCGUUGGUGUUCCACAUGCGGACGCAUACAGGAGAAAAACCUUACGAAUGUGGUAUUUGUCAUUCCAAAUUUGCUCAGCCAUCACAGCUGAAGAUCCAUACCAGGUCCCACACAGGGGAAAAGCCAUAUAUUUGUGAGGACUGCGGGGCUUGUUUUGCUGAUAAAGGCAAACUCACUGGCCACAAAAGGACCCACACAGGAGAGCGCCUUUUUAAAUGCGAUGUAUGUGGAAAACAUUUAGCCACCAACGAGUACUUAAAAUGCCACAAGCGGUGCCACAUGGGCGCCAAGCCCUUCAAGUGCCAGGUGUGUGGGAAGACAUUUGGCCUGAGAGCCUCACUAGCCCAGCACAGCAACGUCCAUGCAGAGAGGCGGCCGUAUUUCUGCGAGCAGUGUGGGAAGACUUUCACCCAGCAGGGCGCGCUCCGCCGCCACCAGCGCAUCCACACCGGGGAGAAGCCCUACAAGUGCAGAGCUUGCGAGAGGACCUUCACCGACAUGUCCACCCUGCGCAGACACGUGUCGAUUCAUGAUCGGAACGCUCACUGGAGAAGCUUCUUAAUAGAUCUUACAACCAAAAAAGACCACAAUUGGUCCAAAAUAGAGACACUCUUGGAAGCCUGUGAGGGUGAAGAUUCCGUGCCGGAAAUUUGGUCAGUUGACGAAGGUAAACUUUAUAAACCCGAAAGCAUCAUUCUUUAAAAAGUCGAACGUCUGCCACCUGGCGUUAGUAACGCGGAAGACACCGAUCGCUCCUGUUAUACUUAUGACGUCAUGUACCGCCAGAAAACCGUGCAGGUGUGUGUGUACGGACACGGGCGGUGCUGCCGCUGUGCAGCACUGCGGCUUUCUAAAUAAAGAUGCGAUCAUCCACCCCGUCA